GAGAGACAAAAUGGCAUUAGCGACUUUCAGGCUUUCGAGAGUCCCAAUAAGAACUUGGGCUAAGCUGUGGAAGCUGACCUCUUUUUCUCGCACUUCAUUUACUAUUGAAUUACCGAGAUUCAGAUUUUCAAAGUUUUCAUUUGUUCCCUCCUUUUGCACUAUGUAUAGAUUUUGAUUUGUGUGAGAAACGUCAUUUGACACAUGCACGACUCAAAAUUCAUGAAAUCAUACCUUCUGUUUGUUGCUAUACAUUUGAUCAUUAUUUGGUAGUUUUUGCGUUGUAGCUUGAUGUCAUCUUGCCAUGACAAAUGUAUUUGUCGAAUCAUGCUGGGUUGUCACUGUAUUCUGUUUGACAAACUCCAUGUCCCUGAAGAGCCUUGCCAAGAAGAGCGUUCUCAGUGCAUAGCUUCAAUGACCUAGAACGAGUGAUGUGCUGCUACACACAAAUGCCUCUCUGAUACGUGCUUAAUACGUUCACCAAUGUAGCAGCACUGUUGUGCCUUCGUUUCUGAUCUACCUGUGUUUAGGAAUUGAAUUUUUCAUGCAAUCGACUGAGCGAUUCUCCGAAUCAUUUGUUGAAAAAAACACUCACCUAGCUUCAAAGAGACAAACGCCGAAGGCCGCGGUUGUUUUUUCUUGGCAUCCUUCAGGCUGAAUUUUUCGGUUGUAAACAAAUUCAUGAAGGACAUGGGUACUUGAGGCCAAAAAACGGCGAAAGAAAUAUGAAAGUUCAAAAGUGAAUCUGAUUUCAAUCAUUCUUGUUACAGCAUCUUGACUCAAGCAGAACUUGCAAAAAUAUUCAGAUUUGUCUGAAUUUUGAUCGACUUGCCAACUUUUGACUGGAGAACUAGAGAGUGUAAAAGCUUGUCUAACUACUUGUUGUUCCGUCCCGAUGGUCGAGACAGCAACUGAAAUUGAGUACGUACGUGGCUAUUUACCUCUUUGGGCUGGUCCUGGAACAACAGUUGCACGAUUACAAGUAAGCAAGGCUGGAAGAAUCUUAAAUUCGUUCGCCUUUGACUCGACGAGAUCAUUCAUUUCACUUGGAAGAUCUGCUGAAAGAGUGACGUACUGCUUAGAACAUCCUUCUAUUAGCCGUCUGCAUGCACUGAUCGUACAUCAUCCACGAUUGCAUUCGUAUUUUGUAAUUGAUUGUGGGAGCGCGCAUGGGACGUUCCUUGGUGGUAAAAGAAUUCAACCCAAGGUUCCUGUCCGAAUCAGUGAUGGGACUGGUUAUUCUGAUAGCUUGACGUUUGGAGGCUCGAGCAGGGUGUAUGUCCUUCACUGCUUACCUUCGGAGGUCACCGCGGCACCAAAGAGUCUGUCUACGGCUCUGAAAGCCCCUCUGCUGGAUCGAUUGGGAUCAGUCCAUGGCUCCAGCGACGCUGUUGCAGGAUCUCCAAUUUGCAGCCCGACGACUGCAAACAGGCUUGCGCUUGGUUCCAGCAUGGAUCAUUUGAGCGAUGAUGGCACAACAGCAGAAACUGCGAGCAAUGUUACUCUAGACGACGUCCAGUCGACUGGCAGCGUGGACCUGGAUGACCUCCAGUCAACAGGCAGUAUUGACAUGGAUGCUUCUAGUGUGGUAACUGAUGCGUGCUCGCUGCCUUGGAAAUUAACUUGCAUGGAAGGUACAGAAGAAGAACUGGUGGAUCGAGCUCAGGAAGUGGCUCGAAUGCGGAUGUUGCAAGAUCGUGAAGGAGGGUCCCCACAUCCGAACGCAGGCGACGUUUCAAUAACGGCGGACUAUCAGGGCUUGCCGCUGUAUCAGAGCAUCACAAUACCUGAACCUCUCGAUAAGACGAGUGAAAGCGCGACGCCUCCUUCUGGAGAGGGCGGUUGGCUCUCCGAGUCCGAGGAGAGUAGUGUGUACACUGAAGAGGCUGCUUCGGAGGCUGCAUCAGAGGCUGCUUCCGAAGCGGCUUCCGAGGCUGCUUCCGAGGCCGGGGAGAGUACAGAUGCGAGCACAGGGGUUUCAGUUACAGACGAGACCGACCUGUCGAAGGAGAGCAAGCGUCUUGGAAACAAGAGCCCGCCCUUGCGGGCUCCGCCGAGUCCGCCGGGCGAUCUCUCAGGGCGGGGCAGGCCGAGGAUGCGUCUUCCUUCUCCUCCUCCGCCAACUCCAGCAGAACUGGAAGCUCGCUGGGGCUCACGCUGCGACAGCGGGUCGGAUGGCGAGAGCCUCGUCGACGACAGAGAGCGACGUCAAGGAGGAGAGCGAGAACGAACAAGCUUGCGUGCGCUGGAUGGGAAGUACAUCGACUGACUCGCGCUUCGCUGGUUGUUGCUCGAGAGGUGAAGCAAGGUGGUCAUGUGAAGUGGCUCGGAAAAAAGCGUGAGAUGCAGGAGAGGAUGUCAAGUCGAGACUCGUUGAUGUUGGGAAGAUCUUGAGGAUUGUGCGGUACAAACGCGAUGUUUCAAGAACUUCAUGGGAGCUUUUCUUCUUCCUCCUCUACAUCAUUCUGUACACUGCCGUCAUCAUCCUGCAGAAGAACGCCAUCGACAACCAAAGCCUGCAAGCCUCCCUGCGCAAACACUUCCUCUCCAGGUUUCGUGACCCGACCUCACUCAACUCCUACAACUUCCUUGAGAUUCGAACUGAGGACAUGUUCUGGUCCUGGCACGAGUUCUUCAUCAAGAGUCUCAUCUACGUUGAGAACUACGAGAACGGCAUGCCGAGAGCAAGCCCCAGAAGGAACAUGAUCCUCCAGCACAACAAACUCACGUCAGGGUUCCGAAUGACGCAGAGGAGAGCAAAACUUGAGACGUGUCCGUUUGCCGAUAAGAAGUACCUCAUAUUCGCUCCGAGCUGCGCGGGCAGGACAUACUCGGAGGGUCUUGCGGGGUCGGUGGACGAGUCUCCUUUCCUGGGAGCAGCGAACAAGACGGAGUUUGUGUAUCAGAGCAUUGAUACCCUAGGAUCGAAGGAGGUCGGAUACUUCCAGAUGUUCGGGCUGGACAUGCAGGCAUCGGAGUCGCAGCUGAAGUUGCUGAAGCAGGAGAGGUGGAUCAAUCAGGGAACUUCGUGGUACAGACUUGACUUCGUGGUGUACAACCCCAACGUUGCCCUCUACUGCAAGAUAAACAUGAAGAUUAUCUUCGACAACACAGGGCUUUUCAUCCCCUCCUACGACUCCUACACUCUUCCUGCGAAGGGACCCAGGUACUACCUGUCCCUGGCAAAGGAGCACAGGAAUUUCCUGCAGCCGCUGCAAAGCACGGGCAUGCUUCUUUCGUUAACCCAACUCCUCUUCCUCCUCGUUUCCGUCUUUCUCUGGAUCGCAAUCAUAUCAGACGGGGUCAGGAACAACUUGGUCUUCUCUUCAACCUCCAUCACCCUCAGCAACGGGCAGCUGAUUGACUUCGAUCACGUCCAUGAGAUGUACCGGGCGUACAACAUCUUCAGCGGCCUUCACUUCCUCUCCGCAAGCCUCAAGCUCCUCUCCUUCUCUCGGAUCAACCUCAGUACCUCCGUCCUCUUUGACGUCAUGCUGCAGUCCAUGGGAACUCUUGCCCAGUACAUCGUCCUCAUGCUUUUCCUCGUCAUCGGGUUCGCUGAAAUGAGCAUGAUCCUCUUCGGAACCUCGCUCCAACAGUUCUCAACAUUCGGAGCAUCCUUCGUGAACAUGUUCGAGAUGAUCAGGAGCGGGUGGAGUAUCUUCGAACUGAUGGGCGUCAACCCAUACUCAGCUCUUGUGCUGUGUCUUCCCUUCCUCAUCAUCAUGUUCUACAUGUCGUUCAACAUCAUCGUCUGGCUUCUCCUCAAGAGCCUCGAGCAAGUCAACAAAUCUCGUCACGAAAUGCAGCUCUCCGACUUGGCGGAAUUUGCGAACCUCCCGCUCUCUAGUCAGGGAGAGAAGGAGAGGGACGUUUUCUCCUUCGCUGAGAUCAUGGCGGCUCUGAGGAGCAGGGACGUGACUGCCUUGUGGAUGGAGGCGCUGGUAGACAAGUACCACGGAUGGGUAGAGGAGCGGAAGGAGGAGGAGGAGGAGGAGGAGGAGGAGGAGGAGGCUGCGCUGACCAGGAUGCUGAGACAAGACAUGCAAGGGAUAGCCGAUAUGCAGCUGAAGUCGCAGCUCAGGAAGGAGAUUGAGGAUAAGUUCGACAUCUUCCUGGAAGAGAUUGACAUGUUGUGA